GGAGGCCCCAGAGAGCCACGCCGAGGGACCCGGGGCCCUGACCCUUCCCCCCGCCCGCGGCGCUGACACCUGGCGCAGAAUCCAUGCAUCCCAGGAUGAAUGAGAUGAACCUGAGUCCCGUGGGGAUGGAGCAGCUCGCUUCAUCCUCCGUGAGCAACUCCUUGCCCGUCUCAGGAAGCCACCUCGGCCUGGCCGCCUCACCUACUCACAAUGCCAUCCCUGCCCCAGGACUGCCCGUUGCAAUCCCCAACCUUGGUCCCUCCUUAAGCUCUCUGCCUUCUGCCUUGUCUCUGAUGCUCCCGAUGGGCAUUGGCGAUCGGGGGGUGAUGUGUGGGAUACCGGAGAGGAACUACCCUCUCCCUCCCCCGCCGUACCCGCACCUGGAGAGCAGCUACUUCAGGCACAUCCUACCUGGCAUCUUGUCUUACUUGGCCGACAGGCCCCCUCCUCAGUACAUCCACCCGAACUCCAUCAGCGUGGACAACAACCCCGCGCUGGCCGUCCCCAACAACCCCUCGGCCUUAGAUCCCUACCAGCCCGGCGGCAGCGUCGGCCUGGAGCCGGGCAUCGUGCCCAUGGAUGCGCGCGCGGUCGGUGCCCACGGGGCGCAGGGUCUCCAUCCUGGGGACGGCCACGAGGUGGCCCUGGACACCGCCAUCAGCAUGGAGAGCGUCUCCAGGGUGACCAGCCCCAUCUCCACAGACGGCAUGGCGGCCGAGGAGCUGACCAUGGAGGGGGUGGCCGGGGAGCACUCCCAGAUGCCCAACGGCUCCAGGAGCCACGAACCUUUGUCCGUGGACUCGGUGGGGAACAAUUUGGCGGCGGAGGCCGUGGGGCACGGGGGCGUCAUCCCUCUGCACGGGAACGGCCUGGAGCUCCCCGUGGUCAUGGAGACGGACCACAUCGCCGGCCGCGUCGGGGGGAUGCCCGAGGGCGCCCUCGCCGACUCCAUCCACACGGUGGCCAUGAGCACCAACUCUGUCAGCGUGGCCCUCUCUACCUCACACAGCCUCGCCUCCCUGGAGUCCGUUUCCCUGCACGAGGUGGGCCUCAGCCUCGAACCCGUGGCCGUGUCCUCCAUCAGCCAGGAGGUCGCCAUGGGCUCAGGCCACGUCGACGUCGCCUCGGACAACCUCUCCUUCGUGCCGCCGUCCCUGCAGAUGGAAGACUCCAACUCCAACAAGGAGAACAUGGCCACCUUGUUUACCAUCUGGUGCACACUCUGUGACCGAGCCUACCCCUCAGAUUGCCCUGACCACGGACCGGUGACUUUUGUUCCAGACAGCCCAAUCGAGAGCCGAGCCAGGCUGUCUCUGCCAAAGCAGCUGGUCCUCCGCCAGUCUCUCCUGGUGCCAGAUGUGGGUGUGUGGACUGGAGAAACCAUUCCUGUUCGGACUUGCUUUGGGCCCCUGAUUGGCCAGCAGAGUCACUCUAUGGAAGUAGCAGAUUGGACAGACAAGGCAGCUAAUCAUAUCUGGAAGAUAUACCACAACGGUGUCCUCGAAUUCUGUAUCAUUACAACAGACGAAAACGAAUGUAACUGGAUGAUGUUUGUGCGCAAAGCCAGGAACCGGGAGGAGCAGAAUCUGGUGGCUUAUCCUCACGACGGGAAGAUCUACUUCUGCACCUCCCAGGAUAUCCCUCCGGAGAACGAGCUGCUUUUUUAUUACAGCCGGGACUACGCCCAGCAGAUGGGGGUUCCUGAGCACCCGGACGUGCACGUGUGUACCUGCGGCAAGGAGUGUAACUCCUACGCCGAGUUCAAGGCCCACCUGAGCAGCCACAUCCAGCAGCACCUCCCGAGCCAGAGCCACGGAGGCGGCGGCCACGGGCCCAACCACAGCAAGGAGAGGAAGUGGAAGUGCUCCAUGUGCCCGCAGGCCUUCACCUCGCCCUCCAAGCUCCACGUGCACUUCAUGGGCCACAUGGGAAUGAAGCCCCACAAGUGUGACUUCUGCAGCAAGGCUUUCAGCGACCCCAGCAACCUGCGCACGCACCUGAAGAUACACACGGGCCAGAAGAACUACAGGUGCGCCUUGUGUGACAAGUCCUUCACCCAGAAGGCUCACCUGGAGUGUCACAUGGUCAUCCACACUGGGGAGAAGAACCUGAAGUGCGAUUACUGUGACAAGCUCUUCAUGAGGCGGCAGGACCUCAAGCAGCACGUGCUCACUCACACGCAGGAAAGACAUUUCAAGUGCCCCAAGUGCGAGAAGCUCUUCUUGAGAACCAAUCAUUUGACAAAGCAUCUCAACUCCCACGAGGGAAAGCGGGAUUACAUCUGUGAAAAGUGUUCCAAGGCCUACCUGACCAAGUACCACCUGACCCGCCACCUGAAGAUCUGCAAAGGCCCCGCCUCCAGCUCCUCGGCCCAGGAGGAGGAAGAGGAGGAGGAGUCUGAGGAAGAGGAGCCGGGAGAGGCCGCGGGGGCCGAGGGCUGUCGGCUGGGCGGGGCCGUGUACCCCACCGAGGAGGUCCUCCCCGGACGCAAGUGAGGCCGGACCGGGCGGGCGGGCGUGGGGAGAAGAGGGGACCCAGCCAGCGGCCGAGACAGACUGAAGGACAACGGGCGAAGCACUUAGAGAAGCCUGGAUCCUCCGGCCCGCUCCGGGAGGGAAGACCGGACCACAGGCCCAGAGCUUGCAGAGGGCCCCGUCCGGGCCACGCGGAGCCUCCGGGCCCAGCGGCCAGCGGGGAAUCGGAUCCUCUGUAGUGUCUCUCCCGCCUCGUGGCUCCCCCUUUUCUGGUCAGCGCAUCAUCGCUCCCCCAACCAGGAGGCCCAUCGGGGCUGCAGCCCGAACCUCGGCUGCCACGUGGGCGCCAAAAAGGAGUCACCCGUGACACCCACCGCCAGGGGUCGUAGGGGAGGCCAAGGGAGAGAGGCUGGGAGCCACGGAAGGGGGCUCUGCCAAAAGUGGGGGUGCCAGAGGCUAAAGAGGGGAACCACCGGGCUGUCACGGCCUAAAGAGGGGAACCACCGGGCUGUCACAGGCUAAAGAGGGGAACCACCGGGCUGUCACGGGCUAAAGAGGGGAACCACCGGGCUGUCACGGCCUAAAGAGGGGAACCACCGGGCUGUCACGGCCUAAAGAGGGGAACCACCGGGCUGUCACGGGCUAAAGGGGGGAACCACCGGGCUGUCACGGGCUAAAGAGGGGAACCACCGGGCUGUCACGGCCUAAAGAGGGGAACCACCGGGCUGUCCCGGGCUAAAGAGGGGAACCACCGGGCUGUCACGGGCUAAAGAGGGGAACCACCGGGCUGUCACGGGCUAAAGAGGGGAACCACCGGUCUGUCACGGGCUAAAGAGGGGAACCACCGGGCUGUCACAGGCUAAAGAGGGGAACCACCGGGCUGUCACAGGCUAAAGAGGGGAACCACCGGGCUGUCACAGGCUAAAGGGGGGAACCACCGGGCUGUCACGGGCUAAAGAGGGGAACCACCGGGCUGUCACAGGCUAAAGGGGGGAACCACCGGGCUGUCACGGGCUAAAGAGGGGAACCACCGGUCUGUCACAGCCUAAAGAGGGGAACCACCGGGCUGUCACGGGCUAAAGAGGGGAACCACCGGGCUGUCACGGGCUAAAGAGGGGAACCACCGGUCUGUCACAGCCUAAAGAGGGGAACCACCGGGCUGUCACGGGCUAAAGAGGGGAACCACCGGGCUGUCACAGCCUAAAGAGGGGAACCACCGGUCUGUCACAGCCUAAAGAGGGGAACCACCGGGCUGUCACGGGCUAAAGAGGGGAACCACCGGUCUGUCACAGCCUAAAGAGGGGAACCACCGGGCUGUCACGGGCUAAAGAGGGGAACCACCGGUCUGUCACAGGCUAAAGAGGGGAACCACCAGGCUGUCACGGGCUAAAGAGGGGAACCACCGGUCUGUCACAGCCUAAAGAGGGGAACCACCGGGCUGUCACGGGCUAAAGAGGGGAACCACCGGUCUGUCACGGGCUAAAGAGGGGAACCACCGGUCUGUCACGGGCUAAAGAGGGGAACCACCGGGCUGUCACGGGCUAAAGAGGGGAACCACCGGGCUGUCACGGGCUAAAGAGGGGAACCACCGGGCUGUCACGGGCUAAAGGGGGGAACCACCGGGCUGUCACGGGCUAAAGAGGGGAACCACCGGUCUGUCACAGGCUAAAGAGGGGAACCACCAGGCUGUCACGGGCUAAAGAGGGGAACCACCGGUCUGUCACAGCCUAAAGAGGGGAACCACCGGGCUGUCACGGGCUAAAGAGGGGAACCACCGGGCUGUCACGGGCUAAAGAGGGGAACCACCGGGCUGUCACGGGCUAAAGAGGGGAACCACCGGGCUGUCCCAGGCUAAAGAGGGGAACCACCGGUCUGUCCCAGGCUAAAGAGGGGAACCACCGGGCUGUCACAGGCUAAAGGGGGGAACCACCGGGCUGUCACGGGCUAAAGAGGGGAACCACCGGUCUGUCACAGCCUAAAGAGGGGAACCACCAGGCUGUCACGGGCUAAAGAGGGGAACCACGGGCUGUCCCGGGCUAAAGAGGGGAACCACGGGCUGUCACGGGCUAAAGAGGGGAACCACCGGGCUGUCACGGGCUAAAGGGGGGAACCACCGGUCUGUCACGGGCUAAAGAGGGGAACCACCGGUCUGUCACAGCCUAAAGAGGGGAACCACCGGUCUGUCACAGCCUAAAGAGGGGAACCACCGGGCUGUCACGGGCUAAAGAGGGGAACCACCGGGCUGUCCCAGGCUAAAGAGGGGAGCCACCGGGCUGUCACGGGCUAAAGAGGGGAGCCACCGGGCUGUCACGGGCUAAAGAGGGGAACCACCGGGCUGUCACGGGCUAAUGAGGGGUACCACCGGGCUGUCACGGGCUAAAGGGGGGAACCACCGGGCUGUCCCGGGCUAAAGAGGGGAACCACCGGUCUGUCACAGCCUAAAGAGGGGAACCACCGGGCUGUCACAGGCUAAAGGGGGGAACCACCGGUCUGUCACGGGCUAAAGAGGGGAACCACCGGGCUGUCACAUUUUGGGCAGACUUGAGGUUUUAUCAUCCACACAGCAUUGUCUUCCAAGUGGGGGCUCUGGAGCUCUGAGGGUGUUGGGGUCUGUGAGAAAUCAGCACCCUCCGGGGCCCUAGAACCGCUUCCAGGCGGACCACAGGCCCCUUCAAGCAUGAGGGGCCCUGCACCCCGGGUCUGUAGCGCCUCUUUGGACUUUGGGGGGGUGACACUGUCUGGUACAGAUUGCCUGUUAGAGAUGGCAUCCUCUGGGCUGGGCGCGGAGGUGACCGGGAAGGUGUUGCUGCUAAACUAUUUAUUGAAUGAAUGUUUUUCAUUCAAACCUGUACUCUAGGAAAAAAUUAAAUCAAACCAAUUUUUAAAGAA